AUGCGAAGGUUCUCAUGGGAGGAUGUUGUUCACGCACUUGAGGCCCCUCAAAAUCCGUACAGCUUCACUUCAGAGACAGCACCUGAGCACAACACCAAACAACAUGUCUGGUCAAACCACGACCUCGACCCAACCGAGCCUGCCCACCGCACCUGGACAUGGGUACACUACACAUCCUUCUGGCUGGCCUCUUCAUUUGCCACUGGCACUUGGACCACCGGAAGCGCGAUGAUUGCUCUGGGUAUGCCGUGGUACGCCGCGUGGCUCGCCGUGGUUGUCUCACAUAUCAUCGGCGCUGUGCUCCUCGUCGCGAACGGUCGCGGUCCGGCGGCGUACCACAUCGGCUUUCCUGUCUACGCCCGCGCCAGCUUUGGUAUGUGGGGAAGCUACUUUGCGAUCUUGUCACGCUGCAUCGUUGCUGCUAUCUGGUUUUCCGUCAACUCGUUCUACGGCGCCAACUUCGUCUCCAUCUGCCUGCGCUGUAUUUGGCCAUCAUGGCACAACAUCCCUAACGACAUACCGGCCACCGAGGGCAUCACUACCCAGACUAUGAUCGCGCUGUUCAUUUUCUGGGUCCUCUCCAUGCCUUUCAUCUUCAUCCACCCACGCAACCUCAACUGGUACUUCGUUGCCAAGUCCUGCAUGGUUGCCCCCGCUUGCUUUGCGGUACUGAUCUGGGCCAUCGUGUUGAACGGGGGCUCCAUCGGCCCCAGCUUUCAAGUGUCCCCCGAGAUCAAGAACCCAGACUAUUACGGCUGGCUGUGGAUGAGUGCUCUGAACUCAGGGUUCGGUGGCUGCUCGGCACUCAUCGUGGCUCAGGCAGAUAUUGCUCGCUGGGCUCGCAAACCCAGCGAUCAGUCAUGGUCGCAGCUUCUCACAUAUCCGAUCUUCAGUGCUCUUCCUGCGCUGUUUGGUAUUCUCGUGGCUAGCGCGACUUCCAACGUCUGGGGGAAAGCUUACUGGAACUUGUGGGAUGUUCUGAGUGAGGCUCUGGACUACUACGAGAUGAGCGCCGCGUCGCGGGGGCUGGUGUUUCUGGCCUCUUUUGCUUUUGCUAUUGCAAUCCUGGGCACGAACGUAGCCGCAAACUCUCUGCCCUUCGGCUCUGAUAUUGCAGGUCUUUUCCCACGUUGGAUCAAUAUCCGGCGGGGACAGGUUUUCUGCGCAGUGCUGACAUUUCCGAUCGUUCCUUGGCGCAUCAUCAAGAGCGCGAAGAGCUUGCUGACGUUCCUGUCCGGCUAUUCAAUCUUGAUGGGGCCGUUUGCCGCCAUCUGCAUCGUCGAUUACUUCUUCGUCGCCAAUGGGAACUUCUGCAUCAGAGAGCUAUACGUCGGAAACGAGAGUUCCCGGUAUUGGUAUUCUAAAGGCUGGAAUGCACGCGCGGUUGCUGCGUGGGUCGUCGGGGUUGCAUUGUCUUUCCCGGGUUUCGUCGGGACUUUUGAAAUCUAUGGAGACGGCCCCUGGCCCCAAAGCCAGUACUUUGGUCAGAUAGAUCAGAACUUGGGAAAAGGCUUCCCUGUACACAGCCAAUCAGUUGCACCUCCGCCGGCUCCGAGCAUCGUCAGUAGCAUCACAUACUCGUCGUCUUCCAUCACCUCGCAACCAUCCUCGGCAGGCUCUGGUGUCUCUCCCUCGCAGACGGACUUUCCGUACCAGUGGCCAGCUCCGAGGUCAGCAACCAUUUCUCGCGGUUCAUCUCCUACCCAACGGACGGUGGAACGCGCUCAGAGCCGGUUUGUCUGUCUUGGCCCGCACUGCGAUGAGGCUUUUGAUCAGGAAAAGGACCUCAAAACCCACUUCAAGACAAUCCACACCCACACCUGCAACUGGGCUGGGUGCAAGCAACCAAGCUUUUCUUCCAAAGACGGGUUGACUUGGCAUGUCAAGCUCGAGCAUCUCCUCAUCUGCCCAGCGCCAGGGUGUACGGAAAGCUCGUUCCAGAGCCAGAGGAUACUCGAGUGCCAUCUCAGGUGUGCCCAUCCUGGCUCGGACAAGGUCAGUACAAAGGCAUUGGAGCCUGCUCUGGCGCCCAUGGUUCAAACAACCAACGCCGCCGGCAACUCUGACGAAACUGCCCUUUCGUCCACAUCUCUACAGAGAGACACGAUGGAAGAGAAGGCUAUCAAGCAGAUACUCUCGGUUGCAGUAUCGAAAAAGAAGUGCCGAGAACAAUUGCGAGCGGUCGUCGAGAAGAAGUUCAGGAGACAGAAUGGCUCAAAUCCCCGCACGGCAGAUAGUCCCGGUGACUUCUCGAGAGCAAAGUACUCUCGUCUCAUCGAAACCGCAAGCUUCCCAGUCAUAUGGGAGCACGGUGUCCUCCCUUUCCUCGUCGAGUUCAUCCCGAAAUGGUGCGGACCGAAUCAUGUCAUCACCAUCACACGCGGCAAAACUGCAGGUUCCCGCCGGGUCUGCAUAAUGACCAAUAAGAUGCCAUCACGAGCCCGGCGUCUUGUCAUCGCAGAACACGUGCGGGACCUCUUACCAGAAAGUCAUCGUUCGACUAUAUCCUUCUCCUUCUCCACCGGCUCCGUGGACCGUCUGGUUUGGGCUCGUGGCCUUGGCAAAGACAUGCCAGACGACAUCUGUAUGGCCAGGAACCCCUACUACUUCAAAGACCCGUGUAUGGGAGACAGUAUUGGUCUUGCGGGGACAGAUGAUUUCAGCGAGACGACAUCGACCCUCGGACCGUGCUUGAUCGUAGGUGGUACGAGCUGCUGGCUCGCGAACUUCCACCCUUUCGUUGAUGCGUACCCGCAUCUCGAUGUGGUCACAGUACAACAUCCCUCGCCGAGUGACCGAUCGAGAUGCAUCGAAGAACGGCACGACGCUAUGGAUGAAUCGGCAGACUUUACGCUCGGAAACCUCACGGGUAUGUCGGGCAUCAACCUGAAGACGACUAGAAUCUCCCAUGAUCCCUACUGGGAAGACUGCGACAAGGAACCUCCUCUGGUCGUGACAGAUUGGAUCCUCAUAGCAGCUCAAACCCGUCAAGCAAACAUACUCCGUCGCUUCCCAUCCGAAACCAUGCCUCUGCUCAAAGAGAUCCCUAUCAAAACAACGUCUCCCGUGGUUCCUGGCGCGCCAGUUGUCUCUACAGGUCGUACGUCAGGCCAACAACGCGGACAGGUCUGCGAGAUCCCAGCCUAUGUCAGCGCCGAGGAUAACGGCACCGGCAAAGCAACUCGGGAAUGGUUCAUCGAGGAGCCUUUUCCGUUCGAAGACGAAGACGCCUGGAUCCGUGGUGGAAUAGGCGUGGAGGGAGACAGCGGCGCCGCUGUCGUCGACGCAGAGACGAACUCCCUUGUCGGUCAACUCUGGGGGCGAAACAAGUAUUUCGGAUCCGGUCCACGUCUGACAUACUUCACUCCUAUCAGUGAUCUAUUCGACGACAUACAAGAGAAGUGCGGUGAACAGGGACGACCUCAGCUACCUCAAUACCGCGACGAGUCGGAUUGCUACCCGGUCUACCCCAGCUGCCGCCAGUGCUACGACUUACGAACCUACCUGGACAGCAGGCGCAGCUCGCGCGAGUCUCUCCGAUCCAUGAUCGGGCGCAACGAAAGCAAUCACGGGGACUUGACCUCCCUUGGAGGAACGUCUGAGCUGGCGACACCAAAGGACCACCCAUGCUGGCAUCGGCAAAGCGGUAUCGAGGAAGUCGGUUCGUCGUUUAACAGCAUGCUGUCCCCAACGGCAGUACACAACUUCGGCUUCGCCACUCAGCCGGGCACACCCGGUAUCGUAGACGUCAAAAGUCCAUAUGCGCUGACCCUGAGUGCGGAGGAUCUGUGCGACGACGAGGGCUUUACAUCAACAGCUAGUGGGAAGCGGGCGGCGGCGCCGAUGAUGCGGAGUUCAAGCCAGGGUGUGAAGAGGCAAAGAUUACAUUAG